AAUAAAGAGGUGUCGGAACUACUAUGAAAUUCUGGGGGUGGAGAGGGAUGCCAGCGAGGAGGACCUGAAGAAAGCCUACCGCAAACUGGCCCUGAAAUUUCACCCUGACAAGAACCGCGCUCCUGGAGCAACGGAAGCUUUUAAGGCUAUAGGCAAUGCUUUUGCAGUUCUGAGCAACCCUGAAAAACGAUUACGAUACGAUGAAUUUGGAAGUGACCAAGAGCAUGUCAGCACUGGUCAGGCCAGGCACUAUAAUUACUACACAGAAUUUGAAGCAGACAUUACACCAGAAGAAAUAUUCAAUGUGUUUUUUGGUGGGCACUUUCCUACAG